AUGGAUGUCAUCAAGUCUCUCCUCCCACCCGCCCAGGGCGUGCUCCCGUACUACAUGCUCGUGCUCUCCGUCGUGUCCAUUGGCAACUCCCUCCAGGCCUACGCGACGCUGCACUUCUCCCGCCGCGUCUACAACGGCCGCUUCGUCCGCAACUCGCAGCUGCCGCCCGCCUCGGCGACGUUCGACCCCGAAGACUCGAUCAACAAGCUCGUGCCUGCCAAGUCGCAGACGGAUCCCAAGGCGGCCGAUCAGCUGACGCCCCUCGCCGGGCGGCUCUUCGGGACGUGGACGCUCAUCACCUGCAUCGUGCGGUGCUACGCCGCAUACCACCUGCAUCUGGGCCCCGUGUACAAUAUUGCCAUCUGGACGUACGUCGUGGCGCUCGGCCACUUUGCGACCGAGCUGUUCGUCUUCAAGAGCAUGACCUUUGGCCUGCCCCAGAUCUUUCCGUUCACGCUGGCGAGCUGCGCCCUGAUCUGGAUGCCCAUGGUUCGGGAUCACUACGUCCAGUUCAACUAG